CUUUUAUCUGCAUGCAGCUAUCUGAGAUUAUGUAUAAACAGGCAAUACAACGUUUGCAGGAUUACAGACAUAUGUAUGAUUAUGAGAAACGUCUUAGUACAUUUUCAGAUUGGCCCUUCACUGAAAACUGUAAUUGUACUCCUGAAAAUGUAAGUGUGGGUUCCAACUAACCGGUUGAACAGUUCUCUCAAGGAUAUGUUUCCAGAUAUAUUAGAAACUGGCCAUAUCUUAAAUGUAUCAUCAUAUAAUGACUGAGUUCCCAAACAUCUGUCUUGACUUGUUCCUUUAGAUGGCCAAAACUGGGUUUAUACACCGCCCAUCUGAAAAUGAACCUGACGUGGUCUGCUGCUUUUUCUGUCUGACAGAGCUGGAAGGCUGGGAGCCAGAUGACAAUCCCUGGUAAAUUUGUGUAUGGGAUGUGGUUCAUGGUGCACUGUAAUGUAACUCUAGGAGGUCACAACAGUGAACUGCUUCAGAUGAACACUUUGGUAGCACAAUGUACAGAUGGAAUGGUGUGACCCUUAACCUUGCAGACUCUCAGAAUAAAGUCAAUCUGAGGGCAACGUAAAAGGAUCAAUACGAAAAAGGUUUAUUUUAGCACUUUCCUUCCCCCUCUAGAAAAGCUUUUUGUCUUUUAAAGAUUAAAUUUUAAGUAGUAGCUGUAUCUUGUUUCACACAGUAAUAUUACACUCUUGUAUGAACAAUAGUUUAUAGCCCAGUGCUGCAAAAUAUCCUGGUUCUCUAUAAAAUCCAAAUGAUGUAAAGACUAGCAUUGGCGGAAGGCUUAUUCUUGUUCUAGCUCUGUUUUUGAAAUCUUAUUUCCUAUCUUUCCCUAUUUCCCCCCUCAACCCCCAGGACAGAGCACUCCAAACGUUCUUCAACCUGUGGCUUCCUCAACCUUUCAGGCAGUGUAAAUGAUCUAACCGUGGAAGCCUUUCUACGUCUGGAGGCUGACCGGAUCAAGUGUUUCUAUGUAAGUAGUUAUGGUUACUGAAUACUGCUAUUAAUGUAUUCACAGUAAUGGUUCAGGGACAUGGGAAAAGACCCCAAAAAUGGGAAUAAGUUAUCCUGGCAAGCUACUCUGAUAACUCCUCUAUAGCCAUAUGUAUGGAGAUAAAACGUCAACCGGGCCAAAGGAGGACACCCAUACCGCCAUUUACUGAAAUGGGUGUUUAUUUUAUUCUAGGCUGAUGGUAAACCUAGAGAGCCCCAGUAGCAACUGUUAACAUGAGGCGAUUGCAAGCUCUUUGUAACAAACGUGAACCCUGUUAUCUAAGACUGGCUGCGGGUUUAUUUUAAUUUUUAACGUUUCUGAAAGACUCUAUUAAACCACAUUCAUAUGCUAUCCACACAAACUAGACUUUGAACCCAUGACUAUCAACAAAGUAAUGUAUAGUUAUAAUGCUGAUGUAAAAAUAUAUAUUGGACACUGAGUGAAUAGCAUUUGAAAAUAUCAUCCUAACACUUGCUGCUGGUGUAGUCUCCACAAACCUCAUCGCUACCAAAAUGCUCUGAGAAUUUUGCAUAUGGUAAUGUGGACACAAAAGCCCUCUGCAACUACAUUCAGAGUUAUUCACUAAACCCCAAAUGGCAAAACUGAGGAGGGAAAUAGCUGAACUGUAAAACUGGCUGAGCUGUUGAGGUGUGUAUAUCUCAAUCUAUCCCUACUUGCGGCAUGGCUGGUAGAGGGAGGAAAAUAUUUAACCUCCCUUAUACUAAUAUAGAGGUCAUAUUGACCCACAUAGGGUGAGCAGAGGCUUAGGAUGGGAUAGGAUCUAGCUGUGGAGACGUGAGCUGGUAACUUCCUCCUUGUAAUGAACAAAAUGAAUUACAAAUUUCAUCCAACAAGCAAUUCGCUCUUCAUGUCAUUCGUUCUAGGUUUUUUGUUCAUUUUUCAGACGUAAGUGGUUAUUGUGCUUGAACUAUAAAGGGGGGUGCCCUCCAAUGAUUGCUAUAAACCUUUCUGUUUAACUCCUUAGCGCGUAUUUUCCACUCUGGUCCUCUAUUCUGUUGACGAGGCACGGAAGGCUACUACUAAACGUCUUCUGGAGUACUUUUCUAAUCAGCAUCACUGCUCCAUAGAUCUGGAAAGCGAGCUUUGA